AUGGAGACAAAGAAUGACGCUAGCCAAGACUUAUUGUUAAAGAAAGAAGAAAGAACAGAGGAGGACAACAGUGAUAAUACUGGCGUGUACGCAAAAAAAGGCACUAAUCAAGAAAGAUUGCUCAACCUAUGGGGUCGUAACGACCAAGAAGCACCUUAUACACCACCUUAUAAUAAUAAUAAUAACGGCGGUGGCAACAGCAGCAACGCAAAUAAUAAUUAUGAUGGAUCUUAUCGUGAUUAUCGUCCAUCUUAUGGACGACGUCACACUUAUGAUCGUUAUGAACAAGAUAAGACAUUGGAAGAUUAUAAGAAGGGUGGUGACGAAAUGACAGUAGGAGGAGAGCAUCCACAACGAUCACAAGAAAAACCACCAACUCCGGAAUUCAUCACUACCACUGACACCGAAAUUACAGCUACGCCAUCAACCGAGCCCGAAACAUCAGAUCCAGCAAAAUUAAAUGAAAAGAAUAAAGAUGAUGAUGCAAAAGUUUCACCACCAAUCAUUAAAGCAUUUCAUACUGGAAAACCGAAUGGCAAGAGAUUGUUGUUGCGGUUUGUUCAGUUUCUUUCGAGUGCCGGCGCGUUUGGAUUUAUUGUGGGUGCUCCGAUUUAUUCUGGAGAAAGCACGCCUUUUAAUGAUAAAUUUGCAGUUAUUUGUCUAUAUAUAAUUUCAGUGGUUUCUGCGCUAACAUCGCUGUAUUUUCUAGCAAUCUAUUGUAUUCGACGUUCUAACCGUGGUGAUAAAAUCAAACAAUGGAUAUUACUAAUAGUAGAUCUAUUUUUUGCGAUAGUUUGGGGUGCGGAUGUGAUGAUAUUAAUUGGAACUGAUCAUUGUAGCCCUGGUGAUCAUAAUCAUUGGUGA